UGACAUCAGCCGUGAAAAGGGCGCGGGCGGCGGCAUCCGCCACUGCCGCUGCCGGAGCGCGGGGGGGGAUCGGCGCCGCGCCGCAGACACCCGCGCCGUCACCAUGGCUAACCGGGGACCGUCCUACGGCCUCAGCCGCGAGGUGCAGCAGAAGAUCGACCGGCAGUACGACCCCGAGCUGGAGCAGGUGCUGGUGCAGUGGAUCCUGGCCCAGUGCGGUGGGGACGUCAAGCAACCCGAACCCGGCAGGGAGAACUUCCAGCAGUGGUUGAAGGAUGGCACCGUGCUGUGCCGCCUCAUCAACAGCCUGCACCCGCGCGGCCAAGGUCCCGUGGCCAAGAUCCAAGCGUCUGCCAUGGCCUUCAAGCAGAUGGAGCAGAUCUCGCAGUUCCUGCAGGCGGCCGAACGCUACGGCAUCGCCGCCACCGACAUCUUCCAGACCGUUGACCUGUGGGAAGGGAAGAACAUGGCCUGCGUGCAGCGCACCUUGAUGAACCUGGGCAGCCUGGCCGUCACCAAGGGCGACGGGCUCUUCGUCGGAGACCCCAACUGGUUCCCCAAGAAGUCGCAGGAGAACCGGCGCGUCUUCUCCGAGGACAAGCUGAAGGAAGGGCAGAGCGUCAUCGGGCUGCAGAUGGGCACCAACCGGGGGGCGUCGCAGGCGGGCAUGACGGGCUACGGCAUGCCCCGGCAGAUCCUCUGAGCGCCGCCGCCGCCUUCCUCCUCCUCCUCCUCUUCCUCGCCGCCACCCGGCCGAACGGCCGGAGCCUCUCGGACCAAAGUCUUUUUUUUUUUUUUUUUUUUUUUUCCCUUUUUAUACUUGGGUUUUUUGGGGGGGUUCUUGUUUUUUUUAACGCCGCCGGCUCGGCCCCCCCCGCCCCCCGCCGCCGUCGCGUCUUGCCGCGCUCCGGAGCUGUCGCCUCGCCGCCGCCACCCCCUUACCUGCCACCCCCCACCCCGGGGGGCCCCCCAGGCCGCUGCCGCCGUAAUAAUAAUAAGAAGAAAAAUAAUAAAAAUAAAAAUAAAAAAGCG